GUUUAAUACAUUUCGUCGUUCGUUUAAAUGCAGAUGGCUUUAUUCGAGUUGCAGAAGAUAUGUUUUUGUCUUUAUUAUGUUCAUACAAUUAAUUUAUGCCCGACGGUUUGGCAAAUUAACCGAUGAUCGUAUUUACCGAUCGUUCUCCUUCACCAACACGACGUACGCACACGCAGAGAGCCCCGUGUGGGACCCACUAACCAACACGCUGUACUGGGUCGAUGUGCUCAACCAAAAAGUGCAUUCGCUGCAUUAUUACACCAGGGAACAUCACGUCAAACAUAUCCAUUACGGAGAGGUGAAUGUCGUAUUGCCAGUGGCGAACAGCAGCCGUCUGUUGCUGGGUGUCCGUUCAGAGGUGUUCCUGCUGGACUGGGACAAGAGACGAGACGCCGCGCUGCGUCUGGUCGCCGCCCUCGAUGUGGGGAGCCCAGAUAAUAUAUUCAACGAAGGUGCGGUGGAUGCCAUGGGCAGAUUGUGGGCAGGCACCAAAGGCCCUCAAGAUGGCGACAAGGUGCAAUCAGAUCACGGUGUCCUGUACGUUCUGGAAGGGCCCCGCUUUGCUCCAGAAGUCCGUCUGAAGCCAGUGAGCAUCUCCAACGGGAUGGCGUGGGCGCCGAACAACACAAUCCUCUACUACGUGGACUCGGAGACCAAGAAAAUCGACGCUUUCGACUUCGAUCUGGCAGAAGGCACCAUUAGCAAACGUCGCACGAUCCUUAACUUACAAAAGCAGGGAUAUGCCACCGCGAUACCCGACGGGAUCACCAUAGACAAAGAUGGGUUCCUCUGGGUGGCUCUCAUGUUCAAUGGAUCGGUACUACGUAUAGACCCAGACUCUCGCAGAAUAACGGAAACGAUCAAACUGCCCACUUCACGCACCACUUCCGUGACGUGGGCGGGGCCUGGCCUCCGCCAUCUUGUGAUCACCACGUCGCGACGCAACAUGGCGGCUGAACAAUUGCAGGAGGAACCACUCGCGGGAUCAAUAUUCUUUUUUUAUCAUUUGAAUACUUCGGGAAUUCCUUCUCAUAAGUUGCAGUUCGAAAACGCGGAUUAUUAUUAAACAAAAUGUUUGGUAUAAGUAAGAUUGAUCACCAAGGAAUAACAAUCUUGUUACUUUACACAUUUUUAUGUUUUUCAACAGGAUUCAUCCAAAUCGGUUACUGUUUUUUUUAUCAAAAUCUGUCACUCGACGUUUAAAUAAAUAAAUAAUAACGC